AUGGAUGUUGAGGAGAAAGCCCUGGACUUGGAAGAGUUGAAUUCCAUCCCAGAUAUUGGAUUCUACAAGUUGGACAACCUGGUUGCCAUCUUUGACGUUAACUGGCUGGGCCAGAGACCACUGCAGCACCACGUGGUGUACCAGAAGCGAUGUGAAUCCUUUGGGUGGAAUGUCAUGGUCGUGAAUGGACACAGUGUGGAAGAAGUCUGCAAGGUCUUUGACCAGGGCAAGGAUAAGCCACUGGCUGUCAUUGCAAAGACAUAUAAGGGCAGAGGAAUCUCAGUUGCGGAAGAUAAGGAAGUUUGGCAUGGGAAGCCCCUUCCCCAAAACACAGCAGAACAGGUUAUCGAGGAAAUAUACAGCCGAAUCCAAAGCAAGCAGAAGAUUCUAUCUACCCUCUCCAAAGAGAAUGCCCCCACAGUGAACAUCACCAGCAUCCAGAUGCCAGCUCCCCCAAAUUACAAACUUAGAGAAAAGCUAGCCACCCACAAAGCCUAUGGCAUGACCCUGGCCAAACUGGGGAAUGCCAGUGACCAUGUGACUGCCCUGGACGAGGACACCAAGAAUUCCACCUUUUCAGAAUUCUUUAAGAAGGAGCACCCCAAUCACUUCAUUGAGUGUUUCAUUGCAGAACAGAACAUGGUGAGCAUCACCAUGGGAUGUGCCAUGCGGGAAAGGAUUGUACCUUUCUGCAGCACCUUUGCCACCUUCUUCAGUAGGGCCUUUGACCAGAUCCUUAUGGCAGCCAUUUCUGAGAGCAACAUCAACUUGUGUGGCUCACACUGUGGGGUGUCCGUUGGUGAAGAUAGUCCUUCUCAGAUGGCCCUUGAAGAUUUUGCCAUGUUCCGGAGCAUUCCCAAUGGGACUCUCUUUUACCCGAGUGAUGCCAUGGCUACUAAGAAAGGAGUUGAGUUAGCUGCCAACACGAAGGGCAUCUGUUUCAUAAGGACCAGUUGCCCAGACAAUGCAGUCAUUUACAACAACAAUGAAAACUUCCAGACUGGCCAGGCUAAGGUGAUCCUGAAGAGCAAGGAUGACCAGGUGACUGUAAUUGGAGCUGGAGUGACCCUCCAUGAAGCCUUGGCAGCUGCAGAGCCACUACAGAAAGAAAAGAUCAACAUCUGGGUGCUUGAUCCCUUUACAAUUAAGCCCCUGGAUAAGAAACUAGUCCUUGACGGUGCCCAAGCAAACCAUGGCCGCGUCCUGACUGUGGAGGACCAUUACUAUGAGGGUGGCAUAGGAGAGGCUAUGACUGCUGCUGUGGUGGGUGAUCCUAGCAUCACUGUCACUUGCUUGGUGGUCUCUAAUGUCCGAAGAAGUGGGAAGCCGGCAGAGCUGCUGAAGAUGUUUGGCAUCGACAGGGAUGCCGUUGUUGAGGCUGUUAAGGUCGCCUUGUCUUAG